UUAGAUUAAAUAUGUUCAGUAGUAAAAAUAACUUAUAUAUGGGUUAUUCGGGCUAUAUAUGUACAUCUAUAAAUUAAACCUGUCUAAAACAUGAACAGUAUAUAAAGACAGGAUAAAAGAACGUGGUCUUUUCUCACAUCGCAACAGAGUGAACGAGGAGUGAUAAGCCUCUGAAACCGGUUGAAAUCCCCAGCUAUGAUUUCUGGGUAAAGUGCGCCCCGGUAUCCGCCCAUAUUCGCGUAAAGGAGGCCAACCACAGCUGCUAGGCCCGGGCGCAGGAUCAAAUGGAAAGUUCAAUCGAUUAAUUUGUCCACUUUUUUUCGCAUGUUCCCACUGGCUUCUGUGACGAGGUAGACCGACUUAGAUGCAGCCGUUUUGCUGUGAAGUAGGAAAUGCAGAGAUCGUGUGAGACGAGGGGAUUAUCAGCUUGACUUGUUUGGUCGCUACUUCAGACGCGGAACUCCACUCGCUAAAAGGUGAAUCAUGACAGAAUAUAAGCUGGUUGUGGUGGGAGCUGGUGGUGUUGGCAAGAGUGCCCUUACUAUUCAACUCAUCCAGAAUCACUUUGUAGAUGAAUAUGACCCCACCAUUGAGGACUCUUACAGAAAGCAGGUAGUGAUUGAUGGAGAGACGUGUCUGUUGGACAUCCUGGACACUGCAGGUCAGGAGGAGUACAGCGCCAUGAGAGACCAGUACAUGAGGACAGGGGAGGGUUUCCUCUGCGUCUUUGCCAUCAAUAACACCAAGUCCUUUGAGGACAUUCACCACUAUAGAGAACAGAUUAAGCGAGUGAAGGACUCCGAGGACGUCCCCAUGGUGCUGGUGGGGAACAAGUGUGACCUCCCGUCCCGGACAGUGGACACCAAGCAGGCUCAGGACUUAGCGCGCAGCUACGGAAUUCCCUUUAUCGAGACCUCAGCCAAAACCAGACAGAGAGUGGAAGAUGCCUUUUAUACUCUGGUACGGGAGAUCAGGACGUACCGGCUCAAUAAGCUCAGCAAGGAAGAAAAGACUCCGCGCUGUAUCAAGCUUAAAAAGUGUGUUGUGAUGUGAAAGGGGGCGUCGACGAUGCCUUUUACACAUUAGUGAGAGAAAUCCGGAAGCAUAAGGAGAAGAUGAGCAAGGAGGGCAAAAAGAAGAAAAAGAAGACCAAGACAAAGUGUACACUCAUGUGAAUAAUCACCCCUUUUCAAGAUAGCCCUAAAAAAAGAAAGAAAAGAACCUAUGUUGAACAGUUAAAGUAAUACAUUUUGUACAUUACACUAAAUUAUUAGCUCUUUCUCAAUACCUUCUAUACCCACAAAGCUUAAUACUAAACCUGACCUGAUAUUUCUUUUCUCUGCCUUGUUUUAUUUGCUACUUUGUCACCGAUAAGCUUUAUUCUCAGUUCAGUGCCAGCUGCCCUCACGUGUUGGUCCAGCCUGUUUUGAUUUUUAUAGGAUUACGAUGUUGAUUUGGAUCAUUUUUAUAUAAAACUGUAGAGCUGUGAGCAAACCCACGUCACACACCAGCUCACUUUUGUCAAAUUAUUCAUGAUUAACUUUUUUUUGGAUCAUUUUUUUUCUCCUUUGCUUAAACGGGCAUGACCUGCAAACGUCAUGUAAUGCCUUUUUUUUUUUUUUUUAAAGUAUGGGAUGCCAAAGAAAGAAUUUCCAUCCCGAUUCUCAUAGACAAAAGCGACAGGAGGAAAAGGACCAAGAUUUAGCCAGACGAGAUCCAAAUGUCCCAGCCACUGUCUAAUAUCACUGAUAUAAGUAUGCAUGCAAACUCAUUUUCUUCUCCCAGAUGUUUUAACACCCUAAUGAUCUAUUAAUUAAUUCAUUAAUUUACAAAUUGUCAAUGCUUUGUACUGUGUGGGGAGUGAUUUCUUGCCUAUAUGAGAAUUUCUUUUUCUCUUCUUUUUUUUUUGCAUGCAUGUGUCCUACAUAACACGGGUAUUGCAAAAAAACUGCCUUUUGGUGGAGACAUUUAGCAGAGCCUGCAAUGAGGAACUUGGACCCAAGUCUAGCGUGUGUCAGGUUUACACCCAGUAAUUUGUAAUUGCUUUUGCAUGAGAGAGAGAAAUCGACCGCGGUCGGGUCGAUAAACGAGAGGUUCCCGACGGUCUGGAUUUUUUUUUUUGCUCAUUUUGUGGUCAGAGUCAUUUUUGUGUCGCAGGGACUGAUGCCACGUCACAAGCUGAUGUUGAACGGCUCGUCUCGCCGUCAUGGUUCUGCGCUUCCUGCGUUCUUUACUCCGAGGCUUGACUGCAGGAUAGUUCAGAUUCAUUCAGUCAAUGACAAUAAUCAUUUUUGCAGUUUUGUGCUACACGUUUGUAACUAAUUAAUAAAAAAAAAAGAACGAAGAAGAGAGGAGUUGUCUCGUUGACCUCCCGACAGAGGACACCAUGUUUAAACAGUGUUUUUGAGGUUAAAUACAUAAUUUCUUGGAUGUGUGGUUCUCUAGUAGCUGGCCAGAGAGGCAACGAGCCUUGCACGGUUUUCCCUAGGCUGUUGAUUUGUUCGCUUGUGAAUGGUUAGAAAGCAAAUUCCUGCAAAGUGCAGCUUUCAGGAAUGUUUGUGUUGGUGGUGUCACAGAGGUAGUUCAAAUUCUUCUCCAUGUUUUGUUUCUUUUCCCCCCUUUUUCAAAGUGUUAAAUAGUUAAAUAGAAGUGGAGCAGAAUCAUUUGUCAUUUUCUCCCUCUCCCGCUCAAAGCUCACGUAUCGCGGUGAUGAAACGGGAAGUGAUGCUUGUAAAUGAGGCAAUAAUUGCCAUAAAAUUGGUUUUGAGAGGAAAUUGUCCAAAUGUAUUAAAACAAGUCCUCGUUUCUUUCCCCGGGUCAACACAUAUUUCACCCUUCCCGUCAUAUUUACAAGCCGUUCCCUGGGGGAUUUUUAAUUGCCUUUUUAUUGUUUGCAGUAGGUGCUACAUUUAGAUGGUAGAAGGAGCCCGGACAACAUUUACGUUGUCUUGUGUGUAUGCUCAUGAAAUAAAUAAAAAUGCUGUUUUUAGAAGAGUGAUGGUGUUGACACAGAAAAUCCAGACAUGAGACAUGAGUUUUGACCCAGUUUAUUAUAUUAUUAUUAUUAUUACCUCUUUUUUCCAUGAAGUAGAUAAUAACUGUUAAUACACUUUUUUAAUUAAGGAACCCUCUUGUUAACAAUACUGUUUCAAAAGUAGUUUUACUGAAAUGUUUGAAUCGUUCCUCUUCCUUUUAUUGCGUGCCAACAGCUGAUUUCUGAAAUGUAUCAUUUUUACCUGGAUCGUAUUUUAACAACCUUUGUAUAGUUGUGAUACUGAAAGGUGCAUAUUUUGUAAAUUGUGCUUCAUUUUGUUGGUGUGUCUAGAUGAAUGUUGCUUUAAUGGAGUUUCACUCCGCUCUGUGUAUGUGACGACAGUGUGACUGGGUCCAGGUCUAGGGAAGUGAAUGAAUGACCACUUUUACAACACACCUUGUUGUGGGCGAUGUAGAGUGGUAAUCUGAUCUCAAAAAAAAAAAUGAGUCUAUUUUUUGCCAUGAAUCUCACCACUCCUAUUUAAUGUGUAAUAAAGAACAAAGUAAAGAGGAA